AUGGACAUGAAGACGGGCACCAUUCAGUUUCCUCCCGAUGUCACGUCGAUGAUUAUUGACAUUGGAGCUCGUCAAUCGGAUUACUUGGGGACACUGGAAAAUAGUCCCGAAGAAUCCUCCAUUGCUCUCAUCCUAAUCGACCCCUUGCCCGAAUCCAUUGUCCCCUUACAACAGCGGGCCGCCAACUAUGCCAUGCAAAACAGUCCUGGUAAAAAGCGAUCUCCCAAAGAUCCACUCGACGACCAGAAACGCGAUCGCGUCUUUGCCAUUCACGCCUCCAUGGGUCCAAACGAAGGAACUGCCGAAUUCCAAAAAGCCGUGGGAGGGGCGUGUUGA